UUCCCCUCCACCAGGGAAUCCUCGUCUUCGUCCCACGACCGAGAGCUAGUCGGAGCAUACGGCCCGUCAUCUGAUCAUACAUCUUGCGAGACUCGAGUCGGAACUAUAUUUGUUUGCAUUUGGAUUUGGAUUCUUUUGAGUUCCUCCGCCAGCGCCAUGACCGACUCUGUAAAUCCUCCCCUCUCUUAUGAGGCAUCGGCCACCACCACCCACCCCCACGUCGCAACUACUCUUCCUCCCGAGGUCAUUGCGUGUUUGAAGAACUCUCGGUUUCUCCAUCUCGCAACAUGUGAUGACCUGACCCCCCACAUCUCCCUCAUGUCAUAUACCUACCUCCCCUCGACACCCUUCGACCCUUAUCCCACCAUUAUCAUGACCACCAACCCGUCCUCGCGCAAGACCAAUCAUCUGUUGACCAACCCCCGAGUUUCCCUAUUGGUCCAUGACUGGGUUUCCCAUCGUCCGCCCACCCGAGCCUCCAACGCCGGCGAACGCGAGGGAUCCCCUCCCCCGGCGGCGACGCGGUCAUCCUUGGCCAGUUUGCUGCUCAACCUCAACACGAGUGCGCUCUCGAGCAUCUCCACCACCAUUACCGGCGCCGCCCGCUUCCCGGAGCCCGGCUCCGACGAAGAAGCCUGGUGCAAGGAGCGGCAUCUGGAGAACAACACCUUCGAGGAGGAAAUGGGUCUGUUUGGUCAGCAGCAACAGCAGCAGCAGGAACUUGGCCAACGGCGCACCAGCGUGUCGAUAGACAGCGACGUGCGUGUUGUGACGGUUCGAGUCCGCGAGGGCCGGAUUGCGGACUGGAAGGGAGGUGUCCGGGAUUGGGUGGUGGUCCGGGAAGGCGAGGAACAGACACCUUUGGUCAAUGGAACGUUGGAUGCUUAGGUUCUUGUAUUAUAUAGGGUCUUUUGGAGGUUCUGGACCGGGUGCUCGACAUCCUUCAUUCUGGGAUCUGCU